AUGGCAGAGGUUGGUGAAAGAAAGAAACUGUCACAUGGCCUCCUCUCGUGCUUCUGUGGACAUGGAAUUACAAAAGAAGAACCGGUGCAAUCAGCAGUAUCCGACGAGGACGGAAUCACAACAAGAUCAAGCAGGACUUCGACGGCGGCAGCCGUGGAUCACAACCUUCUUGGAAAGAUCGCGGGUGCAUUUAAGGAGCUUGCAGAGGUUGUGGCAGCCGCCUCCAAUAAUGCAGAGGAGGUGGUGGAGGUUGCUGCUUUCGCCCGGGCAUGUUCUUUCGUGGCUCCUCUUUUCGGUUUGGUUGGCUUCCAUUUCAAGUUCAUUGAGAUGGAUUAUGUUACCAAGGUGAAUGAUCUAAUGGAGGCAUCCAAGUCAUUCAAGACAUUGGAAUCAAUGGUUGAUGAGGAUGUGAAAACCAAUACGGUGAGAAAACAAGGUAGCCACUCGAGGAAUCUAUUGAAGAUAAAACGUGGCCUUGACUUUCUCAGACUACUCUUCGACCAAAUUCUACUUACAGAUAGAUGGACCCAUAAUAUUAUUAUGGCAUCUAUAUUGCCGUGUUUGUCUUAUGUAAGAGAUGCGGUUUCCAAGGCUUACACAGAGAUAUUUCAUUUGCGUCAUGGUUGGGCUCUCAGAAAGGCUGUUUCUUCAAGAUUGCAUCACAUCCCAACAAAGCAGCAAUUGUUUAGGAAACUCAAUCAGGAUGAAUCUUCAGGAAGAGUGCUAAUGCAAGCUUAUGUGACGGCUUCCCCUGCACUACUCCAAUACAUCGACAACAUCUUUCUUUCAAGAGAAUUGGGUAUAGAUUGGUGACCAAACUUACUGUAUUCUGUUACUGUUUAAACUUUAAACAGAAUGUGAAUGUAAUGCUUGCCUUAGAGUGCUCAUUGAUGCUUUGUAAGAUGAUAAUUACAUGCAUAAUUCCUUUGAAUAAUUCCUCUAAAUGUAGUUUUGGAUUCGUAUUUACUGGGAAAUUUUCUACAGAAAAUUACUAGUGGCAACUAUUCUUGCUGUACUUUACACAACAUCA